AUGGCGGCUGAUUCCACGGACAGGGGUAUCAGGCAGUCACCUGCUCUCAGCGCCGCUCGUGUCGACCCCCGAGUCCAUCUCAAUCGCGCCCACGCCGUUGUCUACUCCGGCGCCGUCCUGGCCCUUCUCUACCACCGCGCCGUCUCGCUCCUCUCCUCUACCAGUCUCCUCUCCUUCUUCCUGUUCCUCACCAUCACCGUGGCCGAGCUGGUUCUCGCUUUUAUGUGGGCUCUCUCCCAGGUCUUCAGGUGGCGCCCCCUCAGCCGGAAGGAGUUCCCGGAGCGCUUGCCUGAGGUAGUGGAUCCCAAGGACUGGCCGGGGCUGGACGUGUUCGUCUGCACCGCCGAUCCGCACCGGGAGCCGCCAAUGGGCCUCGUGAACACCGUCCUCUCGGCGAUGGGCUUCGACUACCCGGCAGAGAAGUUGUCGGUGUACGUCUCGGACGAUGGGGGCUCCCAGUUGACUUUGCUCGCUCUCGUGGAGGCUGCUCGGUUCGCCAGGCACUGGCUUCCCUUCUGCAGGGAGCGCCGGCUUGUUGACCGCUCGCCUGAGGCCUACUUCCGGAACACAGACAGAGAUUACUCGGAUGGUAUCAAGGUGACCCCAAAUACUAUCGCGUAUACAGCAUAGAAGAAUUUCUUGCUCAGCCAAUGGCCGCAUAUCCCGAAAGUUCAUCCCACUUGCUGCGUUCGCCUCAAGGAAUGUAUAUCUGAAUGAGCCUGGUGGACAAAGAGUGGGGUAGUUUAUUAUCGAAAGAGGGAACUGAAGGCUAUCGAGGCAGUCGAUUCCCUCAAAUUUUUGUUUUUUGUUUUUUUUUGUCAGGCGAUGUACGAAAGGAUGAAAGAGAAGGUGGAGGGCGUGGUGGAGAGAGGUCGGGUAAUCGAUGAAGAUUUGCCGGAGGCAGACCGAGAGGUGUUCGGAAGAUGGACCUCCAGCUUCACCCGCCACGACCACCCCUCAGUGAUUCAGGUGCUCCAUUGCUUCCCUCUUACCUGUGCUAGCUUUGGAUCGCUUCUCUCACAGUUCCUUGGACUUUUCCUGGCCAAUUUCCUCAGUUUGAUCUAAAGAAGAGCUCAUUUUCUCGGAGUCGGGGCAGGUUCUGCUAGAGAGCAGGAAAGACUUGGACACCACGGGGGCUGCAUUGCCAAAUCUCGUCUAUGUCUCUCGAGAGAAGAAUAGAGCUUUCCACCAUAAUUUCAAGGCCGGCGCCCUGAACGCUCUGGUAAGCGACCGUCUUCACCAAGCUAAGCAGCAUAUCUUCCGGUUACCAUUCACUGGAUCCUCACGCUGGUUCCUGUUGCAGGUGAGAGUCUCAGGCAUCAUGUCGAACGGACAUGUGGUUCUCACCUUGGAUUGUGACAUGUUCUCCAACGAUCCUCAAACAGCACAAAGAGCGCUCUGCUACCUGCUGGACCCUGCGAUGGUCACGAAGCUCGCCUACGUGCAGUUUCCGCAGCGCUUCCGAGGGAUCGACGAGAACGACAUCUAUGCUAAUGAGCACAAACGCUUCUCCCAUAUCCACCCGACGGGGAUGAACGGAUUCAGGGGUCCGAUGUACCUCGGAACCGGAUGCUUCUUCUCCCGCCGUGCUCUGCAUGAGUUGCCUUCUCCACUGUGUUCUAGCACAGAUGACGACGAUGGGCUUGCUGACGGGGGGGGUUCUUCUUCCGCCUUCUCUGAGGAGGCCAUAAAAAUGGCGCACGAAGUCGCGAGCUGCCGCUUCGACCACGCGACAGGAUGGGGAUCCACGGUAAUGUUCCUCUCUCUUUCCUAUCCAACAAUAGUCAUCGAGUCUUCUGUGCAAAGCGGAGAAGGAAACCAUUGAACCUCCAUCCAAAUCGAACCUGCAGAUGGGAUUUCGCUACGGGUCCAUCGUUGAGGAUUUCAACACCGGGUACGAAUUGCACUGCGAGGGAUGGGAAUCUGUCUUCUGCCACCCACAGCGGGCGGCCUUCUUGGGGGAGAUGCCGAUCAAUAUCAAUAACGUCCUCAACCAGCUGAAGAGAUGGUGCGUUGGGUUCCUAGAGGUGGCCUUCUCCAAGCAUUCCCCCGUCGUCUACGGCAUCAGGAAGGCCUCCUUGCCCAUGGGCAUGUGCUAUUCAAUGAUAUCAUUAUGGGGUAUCUGGUGUUUCCCCAUCAUGGUGUACUCCGUUCUUCCUCAGAUGGCUCUUGCCCAUCAGAUCCCCCUCUUUCCGAAGGUACAUCUCCAUGCCGCCGCCCGGUAAAAUUGUUUCCCCUCGGCAUGCUGCUGAUAAUCUGGGUUGGCAUUCAUGGCAGGCAUUGGAUCCAUGGUUCUGGCUAUACGCCUACCUCUUCUCGGCUGCGUACGGUCAAGAACUCGUUGACUUCCUCAUGGCUGGAGGGACCAUCCGGAGGUGGUGGAAUGAUCAGAGAAUGUGGAUGCUCCGGGGGGCCACGUCUCACCUGUUCGGAGUGAUUGAGUUCUCGCUCAAACAGAUCGGCUCCCCAGCUCCCGGAUUCAACCUGACGAGCAAAGUCGUGGAUGACCAGCAGAGCGCGAGGUAUAAGAGAGGGGUCUUCGACUUCGGGGCUGAAUCUCCCUUCUCCGUCUCGCUGGGCACAGUAAGCAUGGUCAACCUGAGCUGCUUCGUCGUGGGGCUCGCGAGAGCCAUUGGGCAACGGGACGUAGAGAGGAUGACCUCACAGCUUCUCAUAUCUGGGUUCGUGAUGGCGAAUUACUGGCCCGUGUACGAGGCCAUGUUCUUGAGGAGGGACAGCGGGAAGAUCCCGGGGAAGAUCAUCACGAUCUCUGCGUUGCUGGCAGGGGCUCUCCACGGCGUCGGCUUCCUCGUAUUGGGGGCGUAG